AUGGUACUUCACAAAAUAAGCGGAAGACACUUGUUUUGGGCAUUCCAGGCUGUGUUUCUAUCGGUUUUAUUCUACGCUGGGCGCUGCAUACUAUUCAAAAAAAAUGGCAAUGCAAGAGGGCACAGAUGCCGCAGCUACAGAAACUCAACCACUUGUCUGCACAAUUACAUGAAAACUUUGGACAAAAAGCACAUAAGGCCGGCCUAUGAAGAAGGUUUCACGAGCAGCGACAUGUCAGAGGACACAGACACAUGGAGCACAACAAUGUAUACAGGAAGAGAUUCAUAUAGCACCAGAGUAUAG